CAUUAUAAAUGACUGGUUCUUAAUAUCUCUUAGAUAAUUUAAGAAAUAUGAGUAUAGGAAAUAUGGAUUGGGAUUCCUUUGUUUUAAGCUUAGUUACAGUAUUUUAUGGUUUGUUUUUGAGAAGUUCUGUAUCAUUGAAUUCUUAUUCUGGAGCUGGUAAACCACCGAUGUUUGGAGAUUAUGAGGCUCAAAGGCAUUGGAUGGAAAUUACUUAUAAUUUACCAACUGCAGAAUGGUACUGGCAGACUGAGUCUAAUGAUUUGAUGUAUUGGGGUCUUGAUUACCCACCAUUGACUGCAUACCACAGUAAGCUUUGUGGAAUAAUAGCAAAUUUUCUUAAUCCUCGGUGGGUUGCGUUAAAUGUUUCAAGAGGAUUUGAAAGUUAUCAUCAUAAAGUGUUCAUGAGAUAUACAGUUUUAUUUGUUGAUUUACUUAUAUACAUUCCAAGUAUUUUGUACUUCUACUCUGUUACACUAAAAACUGCAACAAAAACAAAAAAGUUUUUUAUGAGUGCAUUGGUAUUGACGUAUCCAGGACUAAUUUUAAUUGACCAUGGUCAUUUUCAAUAUAAUUGCGUGAGUCUUGGUUUUACAUGUUUUGCAGUUGUAGCACUUUUAAAAGAUCGUUAUGAAUUAGGUGCAUCUAUUUUUGUCCUUGCUUUAAAUUAUAAACAAAUGGAAUUAUAUCAUGCACUUCCUUUUUUUUUCUAUUUGCUUGGAAUUUGCUUCCAUCAAUUUUUAUGGAUAAAUAAAGUUUUAAAACUAGCUUCCAUUGGCCUAACAGUAGUAGUGACAUUUAUACUUUGUUGGAUGCCUUUUUUAACUAGUCGUCACUCUAUUUUGCAAGUAUUACACAGACUGUUUCCAUUUAAUAGAGGCUUGUAUGAAGAUAAGGUGGCAAACUUUUGGUGUAGUUUAUCUGUGAUUUACAAAAUGAAAAAUGUUUUUGACCAACAACAAAUUUUGAAAAUAUGCUUAAUUUCAACAUUACUGGCAUGUAUUCCCUCAUCAUUAAAUCUCUUAUGCUAUCCUACUAAAAAGAAAUUUCUAUAUAGCAUGGUAAAUUGCUCUUUGGCUUUUUUUCUGUUUUCAUUUCAAGUCCAUGAAAAGUCUAUACUUAUUAUUGCAUUACCAGUAUGCUUGUUAUUGCUAGACUGUCCUUUAGUUUCUGUGUGGUUUCUAGUAAUCUCAACUAUUAGUAUGUACCCACUUCUUGAAAGAGAUGGACAAUCCUUUUCAUAUUUUACACUUUUGAUACUGUUUAUUGCUAUUUCUUUAUGUACUAUGGAUUAUUCUGAGUAUCACAUUUUAGUCAAGUUAAUUGUUGGCUCAUCUUUUUUUGGAGCUUUCAUUCUGCAUUUAUUACCAAUCUUUAUCGAGGCUCCUAAAAAGCUUCCAGAUCUUUAUGCAUUACUGUUCUCAGUUUACUGUUGCAUGCAUUUUUUAAUUAUGUUGGUGUACUUUAACUACAAACAAUGGAAAUGCAGUGAAAAUGAUGUUUCUGCUGAUAAUUUGUUUAUUUCGAAAAAAAUAAAAAAUAAUUAAUAUUA